AGAUAGAAAAAGAAGGAAUGCGUUUGAAGAAAAAAGUAUACAAGAUUGAAUAUUAGCGAGGAUUAUGCGCGGUGGUUAAGCGCAUGGAAAAAUUGGGUCGAUGUGGGAAAGAUGGCGGCAGCAAUGUUGUGCGCGUGAGAGAGAGAAUAAUACUGAUAGAUAGAUUUUUAAUGAAAAAAGUAGAAGAAAAGAUAAAGUAAUGGAAAUACCAUUGUCUACGUGUAAAGUGAAAUUUCCUAAUCGGAAGUUCGCAUAAUGUAUCGUAAUAUCUAUCUAAAAUAUAAUCAAGAUAAUUAGAAGAUAAGAGUUUGUUUACGAUAAAGUUUGUGACCACCGCAACGUGAAGCCAAGUGUGAAAGGGUAAAAAAAGGGUAGAGAAACGGAAUCGAAAAGAAAAGGAGAGAGAUUGACUGGUGAUUAAAUAGUUGCCGGACUUCGGCCCGGUGAUUAAAUAUCAGUAGAAAUGCUGAAACAAUUGCAGAUGGGAAUGAGAGCUUUUCUCUUGAUGGCUUCCCGCGUGUGGACAUGCGUCUGUUUUCUACUCAAGAAGCAGGUUAGAGCCAUUUCGCAAAUGCAGCCAGUUAAGUAUGAAAUCUUCCCAUUAUCUCCUUUAUCAAAGCAUAGACUUAGUAUAGUUAAGAGAAAAGUAUUAGUACUUGACUUAGAUGAGACCUUAAUUCAUUCUCAUCAUGACGGGGUGGCAAGGCCAACUGUUAGGCCUGGUACGCCUCCAGAUUUUGUUCUUAAAGUAACGAUAGAUCGACACCCUGUUCGAUUUUUUGUUCAUAAAAGGCCACACGUAGAUUUUUUCUUGGACAUUGUUAGUCAAUGGUACGAAUUAGUGAUUUUCACUGCAUCUAUGGAAAUUUAUGGUGCAGCUGUGGCAGAUAAAUUAGAUAACAAUCGAGGUAUUUUAAGGCGCAGAUAUUACAGACAACAUUGUACUCCAGAAAUGGGUUCCUAUACUAAGAAUCUUUCUGCCAUUUGUUCAGAUUUAGCUUCUGUCUUUAUUCUUGAUAAUAGUCCUGGAGCCUAUAGAGCUUAUCCACACAAUGCGAUACCUAUCAAAUCAUGGUUUAGCGAUGCAGGAGAUACUGCUUUAUUGAAUUUACUACCUGUUCUGGAUGCUCUACGCUUCACGCAAGAUGUGCGAUCAGUUCUUUCAAGAAAUUUACAAUUACAUAAUACUUGGUAGCAUAAUUUUAAUUGAUUGAUGUACUAGGCAUACUAGCAAUCAAUCGUGUAAUAAUUUAGUGUGUCUAGAUUAGGAUUAUUAUUGUUAUUGGUAAAUAGGAUGCAUAUUAGAAUGCUGUCCAGAUAAAUGAAAUGACGAACCCCUUACCCUGUCCUCAUUUUGUAUACUUGUUAUGCAAAAGAUAGUGAGUCUGUGUCUAAGGGAAUGGGAUGUUCAGCCAAUUACUAUAUCAGCACAAAAAUCUUCUAUAGAAUAAUUUUUGUAUACAAUUUGAUUCGUGAUUUAUCAAAUGAAAUAUCUGUUUUCUAAUUAUGCAUUUGCCAAAGAUGAUAAAUUGAGAAAAAAAUUUGUUAAAUUAUAUUUUACACAAAUUCUCUCUCUCUCUUUCUCUUUUGAAGGAGGAGGAAAUAUUGUUUUAUUUAAAUCUAUUUAAAUUUAAUUUUGGCAGGCAUGGCAAUGAAAUGAUUAUUUUGAAAUACUUCUAUUAUUGUACAUUAUCAAUCUAGAAUGUAGAAAAGAAACAUACUAAGUCAUACUUCAAAUAGACUUCGCUGUAACUCACUGUAUCAGUGAGGCAGCCGUCUGACUUGUGUCUAAUAUAAAGAAGUAUUAAAAAUAUUUAAAAAGAAACAUUUCCUUUGAUCAAAUUUUUGCUAAAGUUUGAGGACUUAAAACCAGUUGAAUUCAACAACCUGUGACAUUAAUAAAAUAAAUAAAUCAGCAAAAUAAUGAAAAUCUAUGCAUAUACAUGUAUACUCUGUCCGCUUGUCUAAUGAUCUAGAAUUAAUGAUGAAUAUUAUGUACAUAAUAGCAGUAAUUAGAAAACGAAUGUGUUUAUUAUGGAGUGGCUAGUGUGUGUGUAUGAAGAAUGUAAUUAAGUCAUUAAGAGUAUAAACUUUAUAUAAUAUUUAUUAUGAAUACAUAUAUAUACAUAUAUGUAUAUAUAUUAAGAUCGAUCAGUAAAUAAAAAAGAAAUAUUACAAUUGCAGAACAUGGCUUUGUUUUGGUCGUAUUUUGAAAAAGAGAAAAUAAAAUAAAAUAUACAAUGAGGAAAUAAAUAAAAAAAAGAAGAGAAGUAUUUAAAAUGAAGCAAUAAUUAGUUACUUUUUAUAGAUCUUUAUAUAUUUUUUUUAUUUAGUAAUUUAUAGAGAGAGAGAGAGAGAGAGAGAGAGAGAGAUACCUUAU